AUGCACUAUCUAACUCAUCUGUUCCGAUUAGUAGUGAGAUCGUCGAUGGGGAAGAAAGGUCUGGUGGUGGUGACCAGCAUCCUCGCCGUGCUGACGGUCGUGUUUGGAGUCAUCAGCGCGGUUCUCUUGGCGCUGAAACAUCAUCAAGAUGACCAUGGCGAGUUCUCUACGUACCGGCGAUCGCCGGCGAUGCCAUGCGGUGUGGUGGCAGCCAUCUUGGCAUCGAUGACGCAGAUUCUUGCCAGCGUGGCCAUCUGCUGUUGUGGGGCAUGUCGGAUGACUAAGGGGGCCAAGCGCAUCGCCGCGGUGGUCUUCUUCAUCACCUCAUGGGUCCUCGCGAUCAUAGCGGUGCUACUAUUUCUGGCAGGCGCCAUGUUGGGAUUUGAAGGCUCUGCAAAGAAAACCGUUGGGAAUGCUAGGAUUGUCGGAGGUGUCGCAAUUUUUGUGAUCACGACGUUUUUGUUUCUCGUAGUUGCCGCCCUUGAUGUUGCCUCGUACCGCCUAGUUCGAAAGAAGGGCCAGUACCAAGCAUAUGUUGGCAGUAAUCCUCCUUUUGUGCCAUCUAAAGACGCUCCCUACGGUUCUGCUCCUCCACCGCCAAAUCAAGUCUAA